AUGUACCGUGUGUUUGAUAAACUAGCUUCUAGGCCGUUUGUUUCACUCCCCGGAAUCCAGCUCAUCGCCAAAAUGCCAUUAUCCGAUCUUAAUAAACUGCCUCCAUUAGCUGACCAGUUGGAACAAGCUAAGAGAAUUGCAGCCUACCGUGCUGUUGACGAAAACUUCGACGCAAAGACCCAUAAGGUUGUCGGUGUUGGCAGUGGUACUACUGUUGUUUAUGUUGCUGAAAGACUUGGGGAAUACAUGGAUGAGAAAACAAAUUUUGUUUGUAUUCCAACGGGCUUCCAAUCGAAGCAAUUGAUCCUAUCAAACAAGUUACAACUUGGUGUCAUUGAACAAUUCCCAGAAGUUGACAUUGCCUUUGACGGUGCCGAUGAAGUUGAUGCAGGUUUGCAAUUAAUUAAGGGUGGUGGUGCUUGCUUGUUCCAAGAGAAGUUAGUUAGUACUAGUGCCAAAAAAUUCAUCGUUGUGGCGGAUUCAAGGAAGAAAUCUCCAAAGUACUUGGGUACCAACUGGAAAAAAGGUGUUCCAAUUGAGGUUGUUCCAAGCUCGUACGUUCGUGUCCUCUCUGAUUUAAAGAACAAAUUGAACUGCAAAUCUGCCAUGGUAAGACAAGGUGGGUCAGCUAAAGCCGGCCCUGUUGUCACCGAUAACUGCAAUUUCAUCAUCGAUGCUGAUUUCGGAGAAAUUACAGACCCAAGAAAGCUACAUCAAGAUAUCAAACUAUUAGUUGGUGUUGUCGAAACUGGUUUGUUCAUUGAUAAUGCCGAAAAGGCUUACUUUGGCUAUCCAGAUGGUUCUGUAGACCUACAAGAGUUAUAA